AUGUCGAAGAUAAAGCCGAAAAAGACUCGAAAGCUGCGGGGACAUGUUAGCCACGGUCACGGUCGUGUUGGCAAACAUCGAAAACAUCCUGGCGGCAGAGGAAACGCAGGUUUAGAACACCAUCAUCAGAUCAACUGCGACAAGUACCAUCCUGGUUAUCUCGGUAAAGUUGGUAUGCGGCACUACCACUACAAGAAAAAUCCGUACUUCUGCCCUACGAUCAACGUCGAAAAGCUGUGGUCCCUUGUUUCUCAAGAUACAUAUGAGAAGUAUAGGGACGAUACUGACGGAAAAGCUCCCGUUAUUAACUGUCUAAAAAAGGUCCUGGGCAAAGGUGUUCUUCCAAAGGUACCUGUGAUCGUCAAGGCUCGCUUUUUCUCGCGUCGUGCAGAGGAAAAAAUACGGGCGGCUGGCGGUGCCUGUGUAUUGACCGCUUAA